GAAGGAAAGGUUUCAGAGUUGUUUUUUUUUUCUCCUAGGGGUUGAGCGGAUCUUUUCCUUGAACCGCUGUUCGUUCAACCCACCCUCAGAAGCAACUGCGAGGGUCGGUAAAGAAGGAAAACGGAGCUGAGGCUCCCAGCCGCCGAAAGAAUGAAAGUCUUCCUGAACUCCCUCCUCCUUCUGCCCUUACUCAUCAUCUGCAGCUUGGAGUCACUCAUCAAGCUUUUUCUCCCAAAGAAGAAAAAAUCAGUCACCGGAGAAAUCGUGCUCAUCACUGGAGCUGGACAUGGAAUUGGAAGACUGACUGCCUACGAAUUUGCCAAACUUAAGGCCAAACUGAUUCUCUGGGAUAUCAAUAAGCAUGGCAUUGAGGAAACUGCUGCCCAGUGCAGGAAACUUGGGGCCCAGGCUUAUUCGUACGUAGUAGACUGCAGUAACCGGGAAGAGAUUUACAGCUCUGCAAAGAAGGUGAAGGCAGAUGUUGGAGAUGUUAGUAUUUUGGUAAACAAUGCUGGUGUAGUCUACACAUCGGAUUUGUUUGCCACACAAGACCCUCAGAUUGAAAAGACCUUUGAAGUCAAUGUUCUUGCACAUUUCUGGACUACUAAGGCAUUUCUCCCAGUGAUGAUGAAGAAUAACUAUGGCCAUAUUGUCACCGUGGCAUCAGCAGCAGGCCACACCACCGUUCCCUUCCUGCUGGCUUAUUGCUCAAGCAAGUUUGCUGCCGUUGGAUUUCAUAGAGCUUUGACUGAUGAAGUGGCUGCAUUAGGAAGACCUGGAAUCAAAACAACAUGUCUCUGUCCUAAUUUCAUAAACACUGGCUUUAUCAAGAACCCAAGGACCAGCUUAGGACCCACCCUGGAACCUGAGGAAGUUGUCAGCAAGCUCAUGAAUGGAAUCCUGACUGAGCAGAAAAUGAUUUUUGUUCCAUCUUCUAUACUCAUUUUAACGGCACUGGAAAGGAUCCUUCCUGAGCGUUUCCUGGUAAUUUUGAAACAAAAGAUCAACAUUAGGUUUGAUGCAGUUAUUGGAUAUAAACCCUAAGGAUAAAAAGUGCCUUAUUUUCUUGAAAACUAAUUUACCAGAUUUAAGACAAUUUCAUGUAGUGUUAAUCAAAAUUUAAAUGUUUUAACUUCUGAUUUUCCUGAUUAUCCUCUUAUCUUUAAUAUUGUAUUUUGAGAUUCUAACAACAUUCAUUACUUCUGGUUCUUUAGCUGAAAGCUAAUUUUAUGCAGUGAACUAAAUAUCUUAAGAGUUAUUCACAUGGAAAAUAAGAAAAGAAGACAAAAACAAUUUUAUGACAAUAAUUGCCUAGAUAUGUGCCUCAUCUAAAGGUUUGCAAACUAUGUACAAUCGAUGUUUACUUAGGAUAUAUGAUUUUGAAUGGCACUUUAACUUUAUGUAAUUUGUGUUUGCUGUUCUAUUCUGAACACGACUAGAAAUGUUAAGUUGUACAUCUCUAGAUAGAAAGCUCUCUAGCUGUAUCUAGUAGCAUUUCAUGGUGAAUUUCAUGAGUUCCACACAUUUCAUCCUGCACAUUGCCACCAUGUUUCCUGAGACAUACCUCACAUUCUAAAGUCAAAUGCUCAGCCCAAGGAAACUAUAGGUGGUACAUGUGCCAAGUAGAAAGGCAUGGUGGGAGGAGAGUAAGGGAGUGCAGUUAUACAUGGCAACAAUAAAAAAUGAAACUGACCACAUUU